AUUCGGCUGGCAGUACCAUACCAUCCACAGUACGGUAGUGCCAAAGGCUCAGUGAACAUUCCUGUACCGUUCUUGCCACAACAUCUCGGCGCACUCCAACAGCGCACUUCUCUCCCACAGCGUUGGGUGGAGGCACGUUGUCCCCUCACUACAAACUUUGUGACAGUCGCACAUUUCUUGCAAUUGUGACGGGGCGCGGCAGAACGGAUCCAAGUGGCUAAUUACCUUGUUUGCAACGCACAAAACGUCUGGAACAGUUCCAAAAAGCGUUACGGUUUAUAGCGAAGGACCGGCACACAAAAGCGAAAGGUUGGUUGCAAAAGAGCAUCGCCAUGUUCUACAUGAUGGCUAUGGAUCCCUCCAACAACACUGGCAAGAUGAAGAAGAGACAGAGCCUAACGAGACAGAGAUCGACGACCAACAAUAAUAGUACCCGAUUUCCUAGGGUACGCAGUUGGAAAGGUGACGAAACAAUGAGAAAGAUCAUUGAAAAGUACGUUAAGAAUGGUGGAGGAGAGGCCAAGGUCAAGAAGGUAAUGGGGAAGAAAAUGCGAGAAAACCCAGCAGGAAAAGCUACUAAUGCCCAUGGGAAGGAGAGUAGCCCCCUUUUAAGAAAGCAACAGAAGCACAAGGAGAAACCACCACGACAACAGCCGCCGUCAUCAGCAAACAGCGUUGCACCGUCUGUGUCGGCUGCCGAUAUGGAACUUGUCCGUGAAAAGUUCGCGCUGGAAGUCUUGAAACAAGAACAAACCAAGCUCCUUGUGAAGCAAGAGAAGAAGAAAGAGGAAGAGGCUAGAAGAGUGUCAACACAUACGAGGAAAGAACGGAAGAAGUUUGCAUCCAUGAUGAUGCAGAGCUACGCCAAGUCUGCUGUUCCGGACUACAUGCCAGGUCCGGAUUCUCCCACUAGCCACGCUACGGCUGCUACAACAGUGAUGAGCGAUAGUGCCGUUGCUUCUGAGCCGCAGCAGGAGUCACAGCCACAGAUCAGGAAGUUCGGAUCCCCGCAGCCGGGAAAGACGACCACGAGUACUGGUACAGUGAAGAACCAUGUAGUACCAGUGGGCAUAAAGAAGACUCGUGAUAGUCCCCGGCAAAGCGAGGAACUCGUUGAUCCACUGCUCGGUGCCCCUCGACAAUGUGAAAAUGGAAAGGGGGAGGUACCCGCUGUGAAUACGACUCGUCAAAGUGCUCAGGAGGAAGAUCAGGAACGAGAUGAUGCCGUGAUCCCCGUGGUGGAGGGGACUCAUCAGAGUGCCGACGCAGAUCAGGAACGAGAUGAUGCAGUUCCCCAUCGCGAAACUGAAACCGAAAAUGGUAAGAUCCGAAUCAUUGCUAGUAGUCAAAGACGACAACGACAUGACGAAGUGGUGACCUGCCAAAGGGACGAGACGACAGAAGGAGAGGAGGAAGACGAUAUGUCGGAUUCUUUUGACUACGAAUCAACUUCUUCGUUGACCGACUCUUCGGGGCUGGACUUGGACUUUGACUACAUCCCACAGAACCGCUAUGCAACAAAUGAUGGGAUCGAGCUGCAGCUAGAACCAACAUUUACGGAGGGUUGACAACGAAACGCAAUCUGCAUCCGUACCGACCGCGCUCCCUCGUCGGAUCUCCAAGUCGUCACACAGUCGGGUUGUCGUCGCUGUGUGCUGACUUGUGUGAGUUCCGAGUACAAUCUCAUCAUAUUUUCUAUGUUGUGCUAUAGUUUUUUCAUUGUUCCGUAUCGUGUGCUUGGCGAGUAGCGACAAUCUCUGGUGAAAAGUGAUUUAGCGGACUUGAUGUGAUGUAUUCAUAAAUCCACAAUAUAAAAAAGCUAAUCAAGUCCAGUUGAUCAUC